AUGGAAUUGCCCGGUUUCUACUUUGACGUGGAGAAGAAUCGUUACUUCCGCCUGUUGCCGGGUCACAACAACUGCAACCCGCUGACGACGGAGCAGCUGCGUCAGAAAGAGCAAGAGAAACAGAGACUUCAGAGUCUGGAGAAGGAUGACUGUUCCACAAGAAAAGCCCCAAGAUCAGGACUAAACAUGACACUGCUUCUACAGAAAAGACAGUUUGGGACCGUUCCCAGCAAAUCCUACUGCAGGAUGGUCCACGAGGUGAAAGUGAGCGGGAUGAGGCGACACAAGCUGGAAAUCCUCAACACGGAUCAUAACAGCCAGAGCUCAGACAACUUCAGGAUGAUGGUGGGAGACUCAUCAUGUGAGCGGGUGUUCACGGUCAGCGACGUCUCUCACGGAGGAGCCAAAUACGGAAUCAUGAACUUCAGCAGCAGGACGGCGAGCCCUCUUGGCGUGGAGAUGUGCGACAACCUGUUCUUCACCAACCGCAAAGUGAACUCUGUUUGCUGGGCCUCAGUUAACCACAAAGACUCCCAUGUUCUAUUGUGUUUGGUUGGAGGUGCGGACACUCCAGGCUGCGUCAGUUUACUCCCAGUGUCUCUGUACAGUAACUCCAACCCAGAGCAUUCGGAGACGCUGUGCAGUUUUAAAAUCGCCUCCGCUUUUUCCUGCUCUUGGUGCCAGCAUCCACAGUUUGACAAAACCUUCAGCACAGGUUUGUCUCAGAAGAUUAUAGUGAAGGAUGCAGAGAGCGGACGCACUCAGACAUACAGUGUCUCCAGUGACGUUUUGGCUCAACACUUCACUCCUACGUCUCCUCUCCUCUUCAGCGGAUGCCGGUCUGGGGAGAUCUUCAGUCUGGACUUGAGGCAGCGCAGUCGCAGAGGCCAGAGCUGGAAAGGUCAGAGGUUCCAGCAGGAGUCGGCCAUCACCUCCGUGAGAGUCCUGAACGAUCAGAACUACCUUCUGGCUGCAGACAUGAGUGGACAGAUAAAGCUGUGGGAUGUGCGUGUGUCGCGGCCAGUGCAGCAGUACAAAGAACACUACAAUGAACACGCUCUGCUCCCGGUGCACGUCAACGAAACAGAGGGACUCGUACUCGCUGUGGGCCAGGACUGCUACACACGCAUCUGGAGUCUCCGAGAUGGCCACCUGCUCCGCACCAUCCCCUCCCCUCACCCCACAGCCAACGACCUCAUCCCCAGCGUUGUCUUCUCCUCUCAUCUGGGAGGAGCCAACGGAGCCCCAGGACUUGUGAUGGCUGUGAAGAAUGAGCUCUUCUUCUACCCGUACAGAGGAUCCUAG